CCAUAUCCUGCCAUGUUGGUUGGUCCAGGAAGUGCUAUCGAAGUGGAUAAAUCUUGUUGCCGAGUGAAUGUCUUUUUGGUAUUCAAUACCCUACAUAUAACCGUGAUAUCUAAGACUUAUUGAAUUUUGUUGGUUUCAAGCUCUUUACAUACAACUGCUGUCAGAGCGUGCAUUAGGAUGGCUUCUUUAACGCAGAGAAGUUCGGGCCUGGUGCAGAGGAGAACCGAGGCCACCCGGAAUGCAGCUGCCGAUAAGGACAGAGUGCCUGGCGAAGAGGAUGAAGAGCAGCGACGCGGAGAGGAGGAGGAAGACGACCAGGGAGAUUCAAAAGAAACCAGACUUACGUUGAUGGAAGAAGUUUUGCUGUUAGGAUUAAAGGAUAGAGAGGGCUAUACAUCUUUCUGGAAUGACUGCAUCUCGUCCGGGCUGCGCGGCUGUAUGUUGAUCGAGUUGGCUCUAAGGGGACGGCUACAGCUCGAGGCCUGCGGCUUACGGAGGAAAAGUCUUUUGGCUCGGAAGGUGAUAUUCAAGUCCGACUCGCCCACGGGAGACAUGCUGCUGGACGAGGCGCUGAAGCACAUCAAGGAGACCCAGCCUCCUGAGACUGUGCAGGGCUGGAUAGAGCUGCUGAGUGGAGAGACUUGGAACCCCCUGAAGCUGCACUACCAGCUGAGGAACGUGCGUGAGCGUCUGGCCAAGAACCUGGUGGAGAAGGGCGUGCUCACCACUGAGAAGCAGAACUUCCUGCUCUUUGACAUGACCACCCACCCGCUCACCAACAACACCAUCAAGCAGCGCCUGGUCCGCAAGGUCCAGGAAUCGGUUUUGGAGAAGUGGGUGAACGACCCCCAGCGUAUGGACAAGCGGGUCCUGGCACUGAUCCUCCUGGCCCACUCGUCGGACGUGCUGGAGAACGUGUUUGCCCCCCUGCUGGACGAGCAGUACGACCUGGCCAUGAAGAGAGUGCGGCUGCUACUGGAGCUGGAGCCAGAAGCAGAGAGCACCAAGCCCAAUGCUAACGAGCUCAUGUGGGCCGUGGUGGCGGCCUUCACUAAAUGAUGUUUGUCUGAGCCUGGAACUGAUGACCUGCUGGCUUGGGAAGCUGGACUGGUCCUGGUUGUAAAUCACAUGCUGGCGCUAGAACGCUAGACCAAUCAUAAACACUGAUACGGACUGCAGUAUCCAUAACCCUCUGUGAUGGCUGCCAUGCCACACUGCCAUGAUUGGCUGAUAAUGAUGGUGGAGGGACGUUACAGUGACGAUGAUGAUAAUGAUGAUGACGACAAUGUAGUGGUCAGGAUCCUGGCUUCAGGGGUCGUGAGUGACCUCCCUGUGGGUGUCACAGUCUUGACCUUCAAUAUGUGGAUACUGUAGCUGGGACGCGUGUCUGUAGCUGGGACGCGUGUCUGUAGCUGGGACGCGUGUCUGUAGCUGGGACGCGUGUCUGUAGCUGGGACGCGUGUCUGUAGCUGGGACGCGUGUCUGUAGCUGGGACACGUGUCUGUAGCUGGGGCGCGUGUCUGUAGCUGGGACACGUGUCUAGCUGGGGCGUGUGUCUGUAGCUCGGAACGUGUGUCUGUGUUCCACCAAGCAGAUGAUAGCCAGUCUAUAGAAGAUCCUACAUGAGCAUUGUUGUUUGGGUUUUUUUCUAUAACUUUCUGACACUUUGAGAAAGGUGUGUUAUUAGGCAUGGGUGAUUCUGUUGUAAAUUAUAAUUAAUGCUUAGUCCUUGUCUCUAAGCUGUUUUGCACUUUGGGCAAAUUGUCAUGUUGAGAUGGGUUUAUGGCUGGUUGAUGACCUUGUUUGUACAAUUGAAAUAUACAGGGUUUAAGACUAAUCUAGGCCUAUUUCUGAUCACCAUGAUUUCCUUGACACCAAAUAAUUCUCUCACACGUUUGAUCCAACUUUACAGCCCUAUUGUCAGCCCUGUCGUAGGCUCUGUGGUGGCUGCUCCUCUCCAGAGUCCCAGGGAAGCCCCUGCAGCUCCUCCAUCAAUCCCACUGCUCUUCUCUGCCACACGUGGUCCCCAUGCAGGCCUCCUCUGCAUCAGUCACCACUGUCAGCUGCCGCCUGUCUUGUAAGCCUGUGGUCAGAUCAAACUUGGGGAAAGUGGGCUCGGAAAGUGGAACGAAAUGGUGUGAACUAACCCCCCCCCCCCCCCCCCCCCUUUGAAAUAUUUUAUGUUUUCUGCCAUAUUUAUGUUUUACUUUCUACUGAGACCGUUUUUACUGCUUUCAUGUCUGUGAUCCAGAAAACAUCCCCAAAAAGUAGCUUCUUUUGUACGCCCUUCUCUGUUCAUGUGUUUGCUCCGGCGGUGUCUGCCGCUCUGUGGACUGCACUGCUCUGUGGACUGCACUGCUCUGUGGACCGCACUGCUCUGCUGCGCUCCAGGGCUGCAUACAGGAGAGCGCUGUGAUGACUAACAGUCUACACAGUGUACCAGUGAGGCAUGAUGACAAGUCCCAGCAUGCUCCAGCAGAAGCUGCCGUCCCUCUGGUGGAGGCCUGUACCAGUAUGGUCAUGUGAUAUUAAAGGGAUUUCUGUACCCCUCUUGUCUGCUUUUACGUGACCACACAAUAAAGAGUGGAUCAUUGAAGUGCCUGAACUCAGCACUGUGAGGCUAUCCUGU